AUUAUUAUUAUCUGGGAGCAAUGCGGCGGAGUAAGACAGAAGUGGACCGGUACGUUUCCUCCGUACAGAGCUCCUCUCCCUCCCUCAAAGAGAAGCCAGUCAAAGGAUUUUUAUUUGCAAAACUCUACUUUGAAGCAAAGGAGUAUGAACUUGCAAAAAGACAUGUAUCAGAGUAUCUCAAAGUCCAGGAGAGGGACCCCAAAGCACACAAGUUCCUCGGACAGCUCUUCGAGAGAGAAGGAGAAAUCAACAAGGCAGUAGGAUGUUACAAGCGAUCGGUGGACUUGAACCCGGCCCAGAAAGACCUGGUGCUGAAGGUGGCAGAGUUACUGGUCAACAAGGAGGAAUGUGACAGCAAGGCAGACUUCUGGGUGGAGAAGGCUGCCAAGCUGCUGCCAGGAAACCCUGCUGUCUUUAACCUGAAGGAGCGUCUGUUGAAUCGUCAAGGUCAGCAGGGUUGGAACCAACUCUCUGACCUCCUCCAGGCCGAGCUGGCAGCGCGGCCGGCUGACACACAUGUCAACGUGAAGCUGGUUCAGCUGUUCUGUCAGGACGGUCGGCUGGAUGAGGCCGUAAAGCAUUGCCUGGCUGUUGAGAGAAGGGGCAUGCUUCGCCACAGCCUGGACUGGUACACCGUGGUGGUGCACACACUGCAGGAGUAUCUGGCUCAGCCCAGCAUCGCCAGUGAUGAGAAGAUGUGUCGCUGUCUCCAGAGAGAGCUGCUAUUGGCUCACUGCAGCCUGCUGAGAAUCACACUGUCUGGGAGCAGUGUGCAGCCCAGCAUUGAUGCACUCAGAGAUUUUGACCAAGCUAUGCAGACCCUGAGUAGCAUCGCAGGCCGCCAUGCAGACUAUCUUUGUGAGGUGUUUGUGGAGAUGCGAGGUCACCUCUAUUUGCAUGUUGCCACAUUAGUCCUGAAGCUGGCUCAGGAUCAGCAAAAGACGUGGAGGGCCGUCAUUGACCUGGCUGCACUGUGCUAUCUGCUGGCAUACCAGGUCCCCAGACCAAAGAGUAAAGUGACCAAAAGAGACCAGUCAGGGCCUCAGCUUCUGGAGCUGCUGGCAAACGACCGACUGAGUCAGGCUGGCCACAUGCUGCUCAAUCUGAGCACUGACGCGUCCACCUUGAUCAGAGAGGUGGUGGAGGCGUUUGGGAACCGUUGCGGUCAGGACUCUCUGUUUGAACUCCUCUUUGGACAGCAGGCCUCUUCUGCAUCUUCCUUUAUUGCCAAUGAUGACAUUCGUUCCAUAAAGGCAAUGACUCCACAGAUCUCUCAGCUAGCCGGGUGGGAUGCUGGCUCCAUCCUGCUCCACGCCGGUGAUUUGCAACAUUUGAGCUGGUUGGGGUUGCAGUGGACCCUUCUGGGUCAGAGACCAGAACUGCGGGAUUGGCUGCAGCAGCUCUUUCCGAGGCUUACCCUGGAAACCUCCAAACUGGACACGAAUGCACCAGAGUCCAUCUGCCUGCUGGACUUUGAGGUGUUUAUAUAUGGUGUGGUGUUCUGUAGCCAUUGUCAGCUUCAGGAGACGGCAAAGAUCAGCAGUGCAGUGAACCAGCAGCAGCAACAGCAGCUCUACGAGCCACGCUGCCUCCCCCUUCCUCUUCUUCGCCUCCUGACCACCGACAGACAGAGGGAGUGGUGGGAUGCCAUCUACAGCCUCAUUCACAAACAAGCUGCUCCUGGCAUGUCAGCAAAAUUGCGAAUGACUGUGCAACAUGGACUGAAAACUCUGAGGGCUGGAGAAAAAAAUGGGCUCCAACCAGCACUGGCUAUUCACUGGGCUCAAUGUCUCAGCCAGACGGUUGAUGGACUGAAGUCAUACUAUGACCAGAAGGAGUACAUCAGCCGCAGUGUCCACUACUGGAAAGUCGUCCUUCCACUGUUGGACAGGAUCAAAAACAGACACAGUAUACCCGAACCCCUCGAACCACUCUUCAUACACUUUCGCUCCAAAGAUAUUCAGAUCUCAUCUGUGAAGGGAUAUGAAGAGGAAGCCCAAAUCACAUAUGCAGUUCUCCUUGACAUUGAAGGCAAGACAGAGGAGGCCAUCGCUGCCUUGGAAAUCAUCAAUAACAUGUCGUCCGCCUGGCAUCUGGCUCAGAUCUACCAGCGGCUGUCAGAGGAGGCCAGCAAUGGGGUUGAGGAGACACAAGACAGGUGCAUCACUUUUCUGAGGAAGUUCAGGACCUACUUGGCCAAGAUCUAUAAUGCCAAUGUAGAUGACUUUGACAAGUUGCCUGUGUCCAUGGAGGAAGUUUAUGACCUUCUGAAUGAUGUGAACCAACAACUGGGGGAGAAUGGGGAGGACAUGGAUGAAGGAGAGGAAGAGGACAAGGUUGGAAGAGGACCAGCCCAUUCCAGCCCUGCUCAUCCCAUAGAAACCAGUGCCACCAUAUCCCACGUCAAAUUUUCCACUCCCUCCCCAAAUAAAAGCAUUGUCUCUCCUUCCAAAAGACACCUGAUUUCUCCGAAGACCCCACCUCAUUGGGUGGAGGACCAGAAAAGUCUCCUUCAGAUGCUGUGUCAGCAAGUUGAGGCUCUCAAGAAUGAGGUUCAUGAUCUGAGACACAACUCUUCAGUGAGUGCAAGUUCUCCUCAUCACAAGAUGUAUGGAGAGAGUUAUGGAGCUGAGGGCCUACAGGAGCCUUUCACCCCAGUCCAGUCCUACCAUGGGGCCCCCCUAACGGUUGCCACCACAGGCCCUUCUGUGUACUACAAUCAAUCUCCGGCAUAUAACUCACAGUAUCUCCUGCGCACGGCAGCAAAUGUAACCCCCACCAAGGGUCCAAUGUAUGGUAUGAACCGUAUGCCACCUCAGCAGCAUAUGUAUGCCUACCAGCAGCCCACACAUACACCUCCACUGCAGACAGCCCCAGCCUGCAUUUACCCUCCUCAAGAACAGGUCUUUGGUGCCCCUCUUCGAUUUGAAUCACCAGCCACUAGCCUUCUAUCACCAUAUAGUGAAGAAUAUUACGGCCAGAGUGUACCCCAACAAACCACAAACCCUCCAUUACCUGAACCUGGUUACUUCACCAAACCGUCUGUCGUCCCUGUUCAGCCACAAAAGAGCAUUGUGGGGAAACCUAUGAAUUUUGGGAAGCUCUCCUUCAGCCAGCAGGCACCUGCUGAAGUUCCCAAAGUGCCUAGUUUUGGAUCAAGCGCAAUUGCCCAGUCAACACCCUCAGCUGCGUUUAAAUUUAACUCCAACUUUAAAUCCAACGAUGGAGAUUUCACUUUCUCUGCUUCUCAGGCCAAGCAUAGUGAAAGUUUGCUUGGUCUUCUUACGUCAGACAUUCCCACUAAAACAGAUACUCUUCCAGAGAAGCUCACAGGUCAAGAGCAGCCCUCCAGCCAAACGGGCAUCUUCACCUUUGGCAAUGCAAAUUCUAAUGGCUUCUCCUUUGCUGAUGCAGCACAGAGUACAAAUACUGGAAGUGGGUUUGGAAACGUGGACCAUCCAUUUAAAUUUGGGGACCCCAAGCCAGUGUUCGGUCUGGCCACGUCUGCAGCAGAAGAGGAAAGGGCAGCGGACAGCGACAAUGACAGCACACAUGCUGAGGAAGAUGAGGAUGGUCCUCACUUUGAACCCAUUGUACCCCUUCCAGACAAAGUAGAUGUGAAAACGGGUGAGGAAGAAGAGGAGGAGAUGUUUUGCAGUAGGGCAAAGCUGUAUCGAUUUGACACAGAGACAAAAGAGUGGAAGGAGCGGGGCAUUGGAAACGUUAAAAUCCUAAAACACAGCACUAAAGGGAAGGUUCGCCUCUUAAUGAGGAGGGAACAGGUCCUUAAGAUCUGUGCCAAUCAUUAUAUCAAUGCUGAUAUGUUACUGAAACCGAAUGCUGGCUCGGACAAAUCCUGGGUCUGGAAUGCCAUUGAUUAUGCAGACGAAGAGCCCAAGCCUGAGCAGCUAGCCAUCCGCUUCAAAACCGUAGAUGAGGCAUCUCUUUUCAAAGCCAAGUUUGAGGAAGCUCAGAAAAUUGUGUUAAGAUCAUCAGAAAAGCAAAAUCAACAGGAGAAGAAAGAGAGCUUACCAGCUUCCAAUCCAUCAUCAACAUUGGCAGCACAGUUUGCACUUAAAGAAGGGGAAUGGGACUGUGACGUGUGCUGUGUUAGAAAUAAACCCCAAGAUAUGAAGUGUGCUGCUUGUCAAACUGCCAAUCCGAAUUCUUCAUCUUCAUCAAAGCCAGACAUUCAGGCUGCAAAUGAAACCAAAGCCAGUCCAUUUACUUUCAAGUUUGGAACUGACUCAUCAAAGCCCACUAGUUCUGGCUCUCCAUUUACUGGGUUUGGUGGUUUUGGAUCUUCCGUAUCCUCUGCAUUUACAUUUGGCACAAGCACCUCAAAACCUGCUGACACAGUAACCAGUGCAUUUGGUUCUGGCUUUGGGGUUCAGUUUGGCAAGAAGCCAGGGCAGUGGGAUUGUGGCACAUGUUCUGCAGCAAAUGAGGCCUCUGCAGACAGUUGUGUUUCUUGUAAAGCUCUGAAAGUGUCACCUAAAACAACUGCCACAGAACAAGUGGCACCAGCUGCAACAGCACCUGUAGUUAAACCCUCAGAUAUGGUUGACACUGGGUUUGCUGCCCAGUUUGGCAAGAAGCCAGGGCAGUGGGACUGUGACGUAUGCGAAGUAAGAAAUGAAGCUUCAGCUGACAAAUGUGUUGCCUGUAACACUCCCAACCCUACUGCUAAAUCAAAAGAGGGUGCUCCAGUUGCAUCCUCCCUGUCAACAGCAUUAGUUAUGCCAGGAUUUGGAGCUGAUUUUGCAAAAAAGGAUGGACAGUGGGACUGCAAUUCCUGCCUGGUCAGAAAUGAUGCAUCAGCUACUGAAUGUGUUUCUUGCCACACCCCUCGUUCUUUAGAAGAAAUGUUUGCCAAGAAGGAUGGAGAAUGGGACUGUGACAUGUGUCUGGUGAGAAAUGAUGCCUCUGCCAAUAAGUGUGCUGCUUGUCAGACACCAAAUCCCAAUGCUAAAAGUGUCACCAGUGCUGCUCCCUCAGCUUCCAACUUUAAGUUUACCUUUGGAGACAAGAGUUCAUCAAGCCAGCCAGCUAGUACUGGAUUUACAAUGCCUUUUGCAACAAGUAGCACUUUUCAGUUUGGUCAGAACAAAGAUACCAGCUCAGCUGCUUCUUUCAAGUUUGAGGUUCCUCAAUCUGGAUCUACUACCACAAGUUCUUCGGGCUUCUCUUUCUCAAUGCCCAUUCCAUCUGAUGGCUUUAAGUUUGGCAUUCAGGAAGCUACAAAAGAAACGUCCUCAACUGAUAAUGAGACAGCCCCAUCAGCUUCUAGUUUUCUUAAAAGCAUAGCUGACAAACACAAGGAGAAAGAAGAUGUAUCUACACCCUUAAUAGAUCAAACAGGGAAAGAUCAAAAUCCAUUAAUUUCAGGAAAAACCGAUACGUUCAGUUUUGCAGACCUGGCACAAACCACUGGAGGAGACUACCAGUUUGGCCAGACAGACCCAGAUUUCCAAGGUUUCUCUGGGGCUGGUGAGCAGUUGUUUUCGGCCUUCCCUGCAACACCCACCAAGACAGAUGCCACAAAUGAUCUGGAGGAAGAUGGCAUGUAUAAAACAGAAGAAAAUGAUGAUAUCCAGUUUGAACCAGUGGUCCAGAUGCCUGACAAGGUGGACCUGGUCACAGGGGAGGAAGAUGAGGUGGUUCUUUACUCUCAGCGUCUCAAAUUGUUCAGAUUUGACUCUAACACCAGUCAGUGGAAAGAGCGCGGUGUAGGAGUCCUUAAAUUCCUAAAAAACACCAGUAAUGGCAGGCUAAGGGUGCUGAUGAGAAGAGAGCAAGUUCUGAAGGUUUGUGCCAACCACUGGAUCAACACCACCAUGAAUCUUAAGCCUCUGGCAGGCUCAGACAGGGCAUGGAUUUGGAUGGCCAAUGACUUCUCUGACGGGGAUGCUAAACCAGAGCAGUUGGCUGCCAAAUUUAAAACCCCAGAGCUCGCUGAAGAAUUUAAAGAAAAGUUUGAAGAGUGUCAGAGACUUCUCUUAGACAUCCCUCUACAAACCCCGCACAAGCUUGUUGACACAGGUAGAACAGCCCAUCUCAUUCAAAAAGCAGAGGAAAUGAAGUCUGGUUUGAAAGACCUAAAAUUCUUCCUGACAGAUGAGAAAACAAAGAUCAAAGAUGACGAAAGCCAGCAAGAGCCUUCAAGCCUUGUAAUGAAGUCUCACGGUGAAACCACUGGCCCCACCCUAGAAUGGGACAACUAUGACCUUAGAGACGAAGCGUUAGAUACUACUGCUGACUCAUCAGUCUAUGCCUCUCCUCUUGCAAGCAGUCCCCUGAGAAAGAACCUUUUCCGGUUUGGAGAAUCCACUGCUGGGUUCAACUUCAGCUUCCAGCCUGGCAUUAGCCCCUCCAAAUCUCCUGCUAAGUUAAACCAGAGUAGAGCCUCAGUGGGCACUGAUGAUGAGCAGGAUGUAACCCAGGAUGAGGAGAGAGAUGGCCAGUACUUUGAACCUGUGGUCCCCUUGCCUGAUUUGGUGGAAAUUUCUACAGGGGAAGAAGAUGAACUAAUAGUCUUCAGUCACAGGGCCAAACUGUAUCGGUACGACAAGGGACUGAGUCAGUGGAAGGAGAGGGGUAUUGGAGACCUCAAGAUCUUGCAGAAUUAUAACACCAAACGAGUGAGGUUGAUAAUGAGGAGGGACCAGGUACUCAAGAUCUGUGCCAAUCACUGGAUCACAGCUGCCAUGAAGCUGGAACCCAUGAAGGGCGCUGAGAAGGCCUGGGUCUGGAGUGCCUUGGACUUUGCUGAAGCCGGAGAAAGUAAUAUUGAGCAGCUGGCUGUGAGAUUCAAACUGCUGGAGACUGCAAACGCAUUUAAACAGGUCUUUGAAGAGGCCAAGGUUGCACAAGAAAAAGGGGAACUUAUGACCCCUGUGACUCCCAGAGUCGCCACACCUCAAGACAGUGGACCCACAACAUCAGAAAAGGGUGCUACACCUGUGUGUGGGAAAGCAGCUAUUGCUGUUCUGGAAGAGACCACAAAGGAACGUACAGAUCUUUCCACCGACAGUCAACCAUGCACAGCUGGGUCUCAGAGUCCAGGCAACCCCUCCAAGGGAGUGGUGUCGCCCCCUAAAUUUGUGUUUGGGACUCAAAGCCUUCAGAAGAUUUUUGGCAGUCCAAAAUCUGACGACGGUGAAUGCAGUUUGAAGCCCAAAGAUUCUGGACGUCCUACCAAGGUGCCACCUGCACAACCUGCAUUCAAAAUCCCAGAGAAAGGCCAAGCCGGUGCUAGGUCUGAUGAUGAUGAUGAUGAGGUGGAGAUUGUGUACAUCAGGGAACCCACCGCUGAACAGGCUGCUUUAGCCAAGAAACUCCUGCUGCCUCUCACCUUCUUCUGCUACCAGAAUGAACCAGGCUACACCAGCGACGAUCAAACUGAUGAUGAGGACUAUGAGUCAGCAGUGAAAGCCUUGAAUGGAAAGCUCUAUCCUGAUCCUCCAGAGAGAAAGGCAGCAGCAUGUGGCGAUGAGUCAGACUGCCAGGUGAUCUGGGAGAAGAAACCGACACCAGAGGAGGAAGAGAAGGCCAAAAGCCUUCAGCUUCCACCCACCUUCUUCUGUGGCCUGAGCACCACAGACAGUGACCCGGAUCACGACAAGUCUGAAGACUUUGAGACAGAAGUACGCAGGGCACAACAAGACCUGGAGGCCGAGUUCAACAAACCUGACAUGGUCUCAAGCAGCCCUGCAGAAGAGACAACAUCAGACCCAUCAUCAGACCCAUCAUCUAGCAGCGUGGAGGCUACAGUCAGCACAUCUACACCAGAGGACCAGACCUCUGACCAGCCAGCAGACACGCAGAGCGAAGCUCCUAGAAGCAGCUCUCCCAUUGACUUGUCAACUAAGAAGAGCCAAGAGCCAGAGCCUAACACAGAGACUUCCGCAGCUACAACUGCUACGACAACAAGUCAAGACUCCUCUGGCUUCGGUUUCAACUCAUUGGGAGGCUUUUCUUUUGCUGACUUGGCCAAUAAAACAGACGGAUUUGCCUUUGGAGCAAACGACUCCAACUUCUCUUGGGCAAACGCAGGAGCUACAGUAUUUGCAGGUCCUGCGCCACCCAAAAAUGACGGAGAUGUAGAGGGGAGCGAUGAAGAGGAAGGUCCUAAUAAUGUAGACAUUCACUUUGAGCCAAUCGUGUCACUGCCAGAGGUGGAGACAAAGUCUGGAGAGGAAGAUGAGGAAAUCCUGUUCAAGGAGCGUGCCAAGCUGUACCGAUGGGACCGGGACCUUGGCCAGUGGAAGGAGCGUGGCAUCGGUGACCUCAAGAUCCUCUUCCACCCAGCCAAGCGUUUCUACCGAAUCCUGAUGAGAAGAGAGCAGGUGCUGAGAGUUUGUGCUAACCACACGAUCACAGAGGCGAUGGAACUCAAACCCAUGAACGCCUCAGCAAACGCACUGCUUUGGACAGCCACUGACUACUCAGAUGGUGAUGGCGCUGUGGAGCAACUGGCAGCGAAGUUCAAAACCCCUGAGAUAGCCGAAUCCUUCAAGAAGACUUUCUGCAAGUGUCAGAGCAGCAUGGGCCAAAGUAGUGAUGAUCUCUCGAGUGUCUUCCCACCGCAGAUGUCGAGAAUUCAAGAGCACUCCAGAGACUCUAACCCAAAAGUGUUCCUCACAGUGACAGCAGAUGCAGAGCUACUGGGCACCAUCACCAUUGAGCUUUUCUCCCAUAUUGUUCCCAAGACAGCGGAGAACUUCAAGGUUCUCUGCACUGGAGAGAAAGGCUUCGGGCUGCGGGACUCCAUCUUCCACAGGGUCAUACCGGACUUUAUGUGUCAGGGUGGUGACAUUACCAAAAGCGACGGCACAGGAGGCAAGUCCAUCUACGGCAGCCAGUUUGAAGAUGAGAACUUCGACGUUCGGCACACAGGCCCGGGCAUACUUUCCAUGGCCAAUCGAGGGCGUGACACCAACAACUCGCAGUUCUUCAUCACCCUGAAGAAGGCUGAACACCUGGACUUCAAACAUGUGGCUUUCGGCUGGGUGCGGGAUGGCAUGGAUGUGGUACAGCAGAUGGGAGCGCUGGGCACAAAGGGAGGCGCCCCCUCGAAGAAGCUUGUCAUCACAGACUGUGGACAGCUCUAGACCAUUGAAAUGUAAAGAUUCACAACUUGGUUUAGGUCAUAACAUAUAAGACUUUGGAUAAUGAGGUGUUCCUUGUGCAGUGCAUCCCCUCCUGGUGAAGCUGAAUCCAUAGUCAUUAGGCAUCUGAGAAUUUAACACUGAUCAUCGGACUGCUGGUCAAGACCUUCCAUCACAGACACUUGACUCCAGCAGCCUGGGAUGAGAAAUUAUUCCUCUAUCCUAAUGUAUAGUCUCAAAUGGGAAACAUGUCGGAGGAGGCAUUUGGAGCAAAUCUAGUUUACGUUUGCUCUGUUGCACUUGUAUCUAAAUCAUUGUCAAUAAAUUCUCAUAAGUUUAUUUUGUCUGUAUAAUUGUACAUGGACUACUUUUUUAAUGUCUGUUUUUUUUGUUCUUUUGUGUUGCAUGUGCUCAGUUUGAACAUGCUGGUCCUCUUCAUCUGCUCCACUCGGGGAUUGUUUUUCCCUUUCCUUGAGGAAGUCUUAAAUAGUAAUGGGGGAAAAAAUAGGUUAUUUGAAAGCACUAUUGUUUUGUAACUGUGCUCCUGCCUUCUCUCCAAAUGCUGCCUCUGUGUACUUUUUACUGUAGGUGUCCCCCACUGAUUUAUUUUUUUUGUGUGUGUGUGUGUAAAUGAAUUUCACAAUGUGCAGAUAAUUGGACUUCAUACUUUUCCCACGUACACUUAUGUCAUCUCACUGUGUUGCUCAGUGGAUGAAGGGUGGGUUGAUGGUGACACAUUAAUCUGUUUCAGGUUUUACAUAGACGAUCCAUUAUAGUUUGAGAUUAUCACAAUUGAAGUUGAAAUGGUGCGUGUUGUACCAAAAUAAUAUGCUGAUAAAGGACAAAUAAAGUUGCUUUAC